UGCUCAAUAUACUCUACGUUUUAACUUCGACCUGUAUGGUAUGUUCAUCGCAAAAAAGCGUUCAACGUGGCCAAAAGGGAUUCCCGGCGAGAAAGUCAAGAUUCUCAUGGCCGAUAAACCACUAUUUAGUGUCGGCACUCUACAAGGUGCUUUUGAUUAUACUACAGAGGCUGUUCAGGGGCAGAACGACUUCUAUAUUCUUGCAUUUAAGGAUGCCCAGUAUACAGGCUUGUUCGCGGCAACGUACG